CCUGAUCGGCACCAGAUGGUGUUAACCCACGGUGUGGCAUCAGCAGUCUGGAGUGAGCAUGUCUGUGGGUGUCAUGCUUCCCCAGACGCCACAAGAAGGUCAAGAGGGACUGUAAUUGACAAGAACUUGAAGGUCUCUACGGUGGAACAAUGUGAGUGGCAGGUGCAGCGAAGGGAAAGCUGGUGGGGAGGUUGGCUUCAGCAAAGCUUCCAGGCCGUCAAAGACAAGUCAUCGGAGGCCUUAGAGUUUAUAAAGCGAGACUUGACGGAGUUCUCCACAGUGGUACAGCAUGACACAGCCUGUUCAAUUGUGGCAACAGCAACUGCUGUCAAAAAUAAGCUAGCUGUUGAAGGCUCAUCAGAGACCACAGAAAAGGUGAAGAAGAGUCUUUCUAGUUUCUUAGGAGUCAUAACAGACACACUUGCUCCACCUCCUGAUAAAACCAUUGACUGCGAUGUUAUCACAUUGGUGGCAACGCCAGCAGGAACAACAGAAGUGUACGACAGCUCAAAGGCACGUCUCUACAGUCUCCAGGCUGAUCCCGCCACAUAUUGCAAUGAGCCUGACGGGCCCCCAGAGCAAUUUGACAACUGGAUAUCCAACUUCAGUAUGGAGGAUAAGAAAGGAGAGAUCUCGGAGCUGUUGGUCAGCAGUCCUUCAAUACGAGCACUCUACACAAAAAUGGUUCCAGCAGCGGUCGCCCAUUCGGAGUUCUGGCAGAGGUAUUUCUACAAGGUUUUCCAGCUGGACCAGGAGGAGGCACGGCGGGUGGCUCUUAAGCAGAGGGCCGAACAGACUUCCCACACAGAGACACUUGGAUGGGAGGAAGAAGAGGAAGACGACUUUCUUGGAACCACAUCCACGUCCCAGCUCAACUUCAAGCCCCCUUUUGACAUAAGCUCAACACAGCCACUUGGACCAUCAACAACCCUUGCAGCAACCACGCAGCUGACUAUUACCAGCCUGUCUCCAAGUGAAGAACGUGACGCCACCCUUUCAGUAAGCAGCGACAGCAUCAGUCUACCAACGCAGCUGGAGGUGCAGCUGGACCCCCUUGUAACGGAGUUGGGAAAGAAGUUGAAAAUGGUCACUGUGGACGAUGCUGUAGACGAGACGCAAACAUCUCAGAAGCCUGAGCAGACUUGUGACUCGGUUCCUGAAACACAAAUGGAAACUGGAACCCAGCCAAAGGUCACUGUGGAUAAAGUGACAGCACGGACCCCAAAAGUAGAGGGUCCUAAGGAAGAUGGACCACAAGACCUGAGAGUGUUUGAGUUGAACUCUGACAGCGGCAAGUCUACGCCUUCCAACAAUGGCAAGAAAGGUUCAAGUACCGAUGUGAGUGAGGACUGGGAGAAAGACUUUGAUCUCGACAUGACAGAAGAAGAAGUUCAAAUGGCACUCUCGAAAAUUGAAGCCUCGGGAGAGUUGGAAGAAGACUGGGAGAACUGGGAAUGAGAUUUUGCAGCACCAACCAUGUCACUCCCAUCAAAGCUUGUUCUUAUCAGAUGAACUAUGUGUUAAAUCUUUGUCCACACUGUCACUUUGUCAUAAUUGUCAGUCAGACUGGAUUUAGGUAGGCCUCUAAUUCAGACAACGUGAUGUAACAAAGGCGCAUCUUCGAAUUUCUUCAGAAUGCAGAGAAAAUGACACCUGUAAUAGAUGGGAAUUGUAUUUAACAUGUCUUGUCACCGCAGGUGAGGAACUCCUCACUUCUUUUCUAUGUACCGUAGUUCAACGUACCGUAUGUCUUUGCUGGCUUGGCUGCAGGCUAAAAAUAGCAAAAGUGCUGCUUGUCACCAUUGUUAGAGAAAAUACUACAAGUUAUUUUUGAUUAAUAUUAUUAAAGAGCGAUUAAAUGAGCCUACCUAUGCCCACCUUUAUUUCUGUUAUUUUUUAUGCAAUUGCAGUGCCUUUAAAAGUACGGUAUUCACCCUGCAGCGUUUACCCAUUUUGUUACAUUACAGUCUCUAAUUUAUAAGUUUGUGUGUAUGCAUAGUAUAGUGUAGUAUAUACAGUUGUAUAAAAAGUUUGCUCACUCCAAUUUACAUUAUUUUCCUUUAUAAAUGCUUGAGUGGAUCUGCAAUUUAAUUUUUAUAUUUUAAUAAAAAUGAGUUAAAUUUCAGAAGUGAAACCAAGUUUAUCGGGUUAAUGGAAAGUGCAAUAUCCAUCAAAAGCAAAUUAUACAGGUGCAAAAAUUUAGGCAUCUGAACAGAAAAAAAAAAAGAAUAUUCAGUAGAUCUUUUGCCAAAAUAACAGUUUCUAGAUAUUUCUUGUGACUUCCAAUUAGUUCCUGGAUUUUGUAUUUUGGACCAUUCCUUCCUGCAAAACUUCUGCAUUUCAGUUAAAUUUGAUGAUUUCCCAGCAAGGACAGCCCAUUCCAGAUAAUCCAACACAUUUUCAACAAUAAUUUGCUGUAUCAGUCAUUUAAAUGAUCCCCAAUUUACCCAUUAUUUGCGCCUGACUUGUUUGUAGAGUUUCUUGGUCUUCAUGGCUGUGGUUAGAUUGUGGUGCCUUUUGCACAUGGUGGUGUGGCAACUGGGGUUUAUCAGAAAAGUUGUGUGUGUAUAUACAGUACUGAAAGAUGAUUUAACAUCUAAUUAUGUAGUAAUAUGUUACAUCAUGCUGAAUUACAGAAGAGGUGAAUACA